AUGGAGAAGUCAAGUUUUUUUCUUGUGGUGAUUUCGUUUGGUCUCCUCUUCGCUUGUGUAAUUGAAGCUACUGGGAUUGACUUUCAGGAUGAGACCAGCCAUGUCCUCUGGCCUAGAAAACUGCUUAGAGGACAGGCUUAUCCACCACCACGAGGUUCAGAUAAGGCAGCCAUGGUCGGUGUAAAGCCAUGGUCACCAUCACAACGCCUUGUUUUUAGAAUGUUACCAAAAAAUGUUCCCAUUCCGCCAUCCGGACCUAGCGGACCUCCGUCGCCCCCUAGAACCGUGUAA